GCUGGUGGCAAGGCGGGGAAAGACAGCGGUAAGGCAAAAGCAAAGGCGGUGUCGCGCUCCCAGAGAGCUGGGCUGCAGUUCCCAGUGGGCAGAAUUCACCGGCAUCUGAAGACCCGCACCACCAGCCACGGGCGAGUUGGUGCCACUGCUGCCGUUUACAGUGCUGCUAUUCUGGAGUACCUCACUGCUGAGGUAUUGGAGCUGGCAGGCAAUGCAUCAAAGGACCUAAAAGUGAAGCGGAUUACGCCCCGUCACUUGCAGCUGGCGAUCCGCGGCGAUGAGGAACUGGACUCGCUCAUCAAAGCCACCAUUGCUGGUGGAGGUGUCAUCCCGCAUAUUCAUAAGUCUCUGAUUGGAAAGAAGGGACAACAAAAAACAGCAUAGAGAGGAGA